AUGGGCUACCAUCCCCAUGGUAUCAUCUCCCACGGCGCAUGGUGCGCAUUUGCAACCAACGCCCUAGGGUUCUCGGAAAAGUUCCCUGGGAUCACUAAUAGCUUGCUGACACUCGACUCCAACUUCCGCCUUCCCUUAUACCGCGACUGGAUUCUGGCCAUGGGUAUCCGGUCGGUUUCGAAGGAGUCCAUCCGCAACAUUUUGUCCAAGGGUGGGCCGGACAAUGAUGGCCGGGGUCGCGCUGUUACGAUUGUGAUUGGCGGUGCCCGUGAGUCCUUGGAAGCGCAACCUGGCUCUCUACGACUCAUACUCAAGGGCCGCAAGGGAUUCGUCAAGAUGGCCCUUCGGACCGGUGCUGAUCUAGUCCCUGUCAUCGGCUUUGGCGAAAACGACCUGUAUGACCAGCUCAGCCCUACAACACACCCGAUGGUUCACAAAUUGCAGAUGUUCGUACUCAGGGUAUUCAAGUUUACGAUUCCCGCGCUCCACGGUCGUGGCCUUUUAAACUACGAUGUCGGUCUUAUGCCGUACCGCCGACGGGUCAACAUUGUCAUUGGAAAGCCGAUAGAAGUACCAACCACUUUCGGAUACCAGCCGUCACAGGAUGAUAUUGAUGAAUAUCAUGACCUGUAUGUUAAGGAAGUCGUAAAGCUUUACUCGGCGUAUAAGGGGCAAUUCUCCAACGGCGAAGUCCCUGGGCUACAGAUCAUAUCAUGA